AAAUCAGUAAAAGUUUAAAAGAGUCAAAGCAGGUUUGUUCGGUAGAUGCUGAAGUCAGACUGAGAUCCACAGAGACCCAUCUGGACCAGCUGGAGGCCCACACUGCAGCUCUGGAGAUCAGACUGAGGGUCGGCGAGAAACAUCUGGAAGAGCUGAAGACAGAAAACUCAGCUUAUGAAACCAAGCUGCUGGCUGUGACUGACAGACUGAACAUGACUGAGGAGCAGCUGGAUGAUGUGAGGACUCAAAGCUCAGUCAGAGCUGCUGAGCUGGUUUCACUUUCAGACAGACUGGCUGAAGCUCAGAGAAACACUGAAGAGCUGACAGUCAGACUUGAAGUCAGCGAGGCUAAUCGGACCAAGCUGAGGACAGACGAUGGAGGUGAACCUAAGGUAGGAUUUUCAGCUGGUCUAACUAAUGCAGGAUUGGUUGGUCCAUUUGAUGAAGAAACUACUUUGAUUUUCACCAAAACCAUCACCAACCUUGGCCAAGGCUACAACCAGUCGUCAGGUGUUUUCACAGCUCCAGUCAGAGGAUUUUACUACUUCAGCUUCACAGCUGCAGAUUUCCUGAAGGGCUACAUGGGUCUUUACUUGUUCAGGAAUGACCAGCCGAUCGUUUUCAGCUUGGGACUGAACGACCACGGUGGAUAUACCUCCACGUCCAACUCGGUGGCUCUGCAGCUGGAUAAGGGUGACCGAGUGCGCCUCAGUCUGCCAGCCAGCUAUCGGCUCUAUGAUGACUCACGCAACUUCAGCGUGUUUUCGGGCUUCCUGCUUUUCCCGCUCUAACAGGAACAUCACGGUAUCACUGGUGCUCCUGAGCAAUAAACCAUCUUUAUGAAUUUCUGUAAAUGCAUUAAAAAGCCUGGAUUUUGUG